UCAAUAUAAACUCUACAAAACCCUAACCCUAAAAACUCCAUUCCCUCAGUGGUCUCUUCAACUAUUUCGCCGAUCCAGCUUGGAGGAGGGAGAGAAGCAACCAGAAAUCCUAACAAUCCAACAUGGGUAAGGUUCACGGAUCUCUGGCUCGUGCUGGUAAAGUGAGAGGCCAAACGCCCAAGGUGGCAAAGCAAGACAAGAAGAAAAAGCCCAGAGGCAGGUCUUACAAGCGCAUGCAGUACAACCGGCGAUUCGUUACCGCCGUUGUCGGUUUUGGAAAGAAGAGGGGGCCAAACUCAUCAGAGAAGUAAACUUGAAGCGUGGGGAGUUUGUUAGGAGUAGGAUGAUUGUUCUAGUUGUGAUUUUUUUCAGCCAUUUUAUUUUGUUUUUGGAUACUGGAAGCCACUACAGUUGCUGGCAUUUUGAUGUGGGAUCUUCUUAGAUUUAUGCUUACUGUGCUAUGUAGGGAUUUUUUUUGAGAAGUUGUCUAUGUUUAACCUCUUGCUAUAAGUGAAAUUUUCAGCUUGAAAUUCAUCUAUAGAGCAUUACGAUACAGGUUCAGUUCAA